AUGGGCCGUCGGCUCCUCCGCGGUGUCUCUGGAGCCGCAGUCGUCCUUGCCAGCGUGGCCCUCCUCUCCAUGCGGCACCGCGGGGCUCGGGAGACGGCUCAGUACCCAGGGAUCGGGGAGGGGAUGUUGGAGAAGCCAGAGCAACAGAGCCAAGGGAGCCCAGAGGGAGCCGGUGGCAGGGGGCAGACGGACCUCAGACUCCAUCCUCCGGAGGGAUACAGGAGUGAGGGAAGCCUGACGCUUGGGGACAUUUUCAUAGCUGUGAAGACAACCAAGAGGUUUCACCGGAGCAGGAUGGAGCUGCUCCUGGACACGUGGAUAUCCCAGGCCAGCAAACAGACCUACAUCUUCACUGAUGAAGAAGAUGAUGCCUUGAAAAGGAGAAUGGGUGGCCAUGUGAUCUUCACCAACUGCUCUGCCGAGCACAGCCACCUGGCCCUGUCCUGCAAGAUGGCUGCAGAGUUCGACACCUUCCUGGCCAGUGGCCUGAGCUGGUUUUGCCACUUGGAUGAUGACAACUACCUGAACCCUGGGGCGCUCCUGAAGCUCUUGUCCUCCUAUGCGGAGACACGGGAUGUUUACCUGGGCAAACCCAGCCUGAACCGACCCAUCUGGGCCUCUGAAACGCUGCCAAACAACCAGACGAAAUCCGUGCGCUUCUGGUUUGCCACGGGAGGGGCUGGGUUCUGCAUCAGCCGCAAGCUGGCAAGGAAGAUGGUGCCCUGGGCCAGUGGCAGGAACUUCCUGAGCACUUCGGAACUCAUCCGCCUGCCGGAUGACUGCACCGUGGGUUACAUCAUUGAGUGCAAAGUCGGUGGGCAGCUGAUUCCCAAUGCACUCUUCCACUCCCACCUGGAGAACCUGCAGCUCAUCCCCACCUCUCAGCUCAUGCAGCAGGUCACCCUCAGCUAUGGUGUGUUUGAGAACAAACUCAACAUCAUUGAGCUCAGCGGCCCCUUCUCGCCCGAGGAGGAUCCUUCAAGGUUUCGAUCCCUCCACUGCCACCUCUAUCCCAACACCUCCUGGUGCCUGCAGGCUGUUGGCUGGUGAUGCCUGAGCCUCAGCUGCAGUGGGUCCCCGUGACAGCUGUUCACCUGCAGGGAGUGGGACACUGAAGAAGCUU